ACACAACACAUCUCGUCUGUUCUUGGAAGAUAGACAGGGUCGGACCUGGUUAGUACCUGGAUUAGAGAUGUAGCUCCCAGAGUUGCUUUGUAUGUCGUGACUUAGCAGUUGGACACUGCUUUCCAUUUUAUUGUUUUGGCAUCAUUUGCUGAAAAAAAGACUUAUUAAAUGCAGUGUUAUUUAUUAGAUGGUAGGAAAUGCUAAGUUCUUACGUACUUCCCCUGGCCUCUACAUAAUAACAUAACCCAGUUCUCUGACAUCUUUCACUACUAAAAUGAAUUUUUGAACCAUUAUUUCAGCUUUCAUAAUUUUUAAGACUAAUAAUGUUUGUAGAAAUAUCAAAAAUUAUGUUGCCACCUUAAUUUUUAAACAUCUUCUGGAAUCGUAGGACAGAUGUCGGGACUCUUUGGAGUCAUUGGCACCAUUGAUGAAUGGUCUCGCAAGUGAAAAAGUACUAGGAGUGCUCAGAUGGAAUUGCACCUAGCAUUUUCGUCUUGUAGUAACAAACAAAUCAAAGGGAGACACUGUAAGGACUUAGUACUUGGAGGCCUAAUUUUAUAUUUGAAAGUUGAAGAAAAAUGGAAAUUAUAGGAUAAACUUUUGCCCGAAGGACAGAAAUACUUGAGAUGAGUCAUGUAUGAUAAGGAAGUGCUUACAUAUGCUUGUUGAUGGGUUGUAAAAAAGGAACUCUCACAUUCUGCUUGUUGAUCUUCUUUCUCUUUCCAAAAUGCAGUCACAGAUUUCACUUUUUAGAGCUGACAAAUGGCCUAGAUGAAAUAUUUCACAGAAAACAGAGCAGAAUUUAGAGCAGUAUUGUAUUAUUUCUUUGUUAAAUUGAAUUUUUUCAGUGUGUUUAAUUGGUUCAUCUCUAGCAAGUAGAUCAAGUAUAAAACUUUAGAAAAGAAACGUGCUGGUAACCCUAUCAAACAUAACAGGCUAGGGAUAGUGGUAACAGGGAGAAAUAAAAACAUUACAAAGUUAAAAUGGUUGAUGACAGCAGGAUUCUGGGUUAGUACAGUAAAGGUACAUGAAUAUGGGUAAUAACCAGAGAUACGUUGGUAAUCCUCAGAUGGACUGAUUUCAUAGGAGGCAUUAUUCGGGCAGAAGUCCCAUUUGCCUGAGUUCAAGAGAGAACAAACAGGAGAGUUAAGUGUUGAUAACUCUUGAGGAUCUUUGUUACAGGGAGAGUAAUGAGGUAAUAGCUAGAGAGAGAUGUUGGGUUAAGGAGAAGAGUUUUUUUUCUUUUUUUUUAAUUUUUGUUUUUUGGAUUUUUUUUUUUUAACCCUGGGAAAUAUUCUAACAUCUUUGCCCAUAGAUGAUGUGGUUCAUUGAAAUGGAAAAGUUAAUCAGGUAGGGAGAUUGGGGGCAGUAUCUGCAGCAUUGACUUUAGGUUGGCAAGAAGGAAUGGGAGCCACCGUAUAAAUUCAGGGGUUGUCUUUGGAGAAGAACAUGAACAGCCUACCCAUGGUAACAGGUGGGAGGGCAAAAUAUAUGGAAAUGAAUAUAGUUAGGUUAUUGAUACAAUACUGAGAGAAGUUCAUCCAGUUUUCUUCUGAUUGCUUCAGUUUUCCAGUGAAUUUUCCAGUUCUUUAACUUAGAUUAUCUGAGAGAGGGAGAGAGGAAAUGGACUAGGAAAAUGCAAAAGGAAAGAGAGCUCCAGGAGACCAUAUAUUUCCAGAAGAACACAUGGCCUGCUUGUAUGUUCUUAAUAGUUGCUCCUCUUUCUGUCCUCUACAACUGGAAGGAUGAAUUGGACACCUGGGGAUAUUUCAGAGUCGCUAUUUUACAUGGAAACAGAAAAGAUAAUGAACUAAUUCGUGUAAAGCAGAGGAAAUGUGAAAUUGCUCUAACAACUUAUGAAACAUUGCGCUUAUGCCUGGAUGAACUUAACAGUUUGGAAUGGUCAGCUGUCAUUGUGGAUGAAGCUCAUAGAAUCAAGAAUCCAAAAGCCAGAGUAACAGAAGUUAUGAAAGCUUUGAAAUGUAAUGUCCGCAUCGGCCUCACUGGAACCAUUCUUCAAAACAACAUGAAGGAGCUGUGGUGUGUUAUGGACUGGGCUGUGCCAGGUCUUUUAGGGAGCAACUCCUACUUCAAGAAGCAGUUUUCUGACCCAGUAGAACAUGGUCAGAGACACACAGCAACCAAGAGAGAACUAGCCACUGGCCGAAAGGCCAUGCAAAGACUUGCCAAAAAGAUGUCUGGUUGGUUUCUCAGGCGCACCAAGACUCUUAUCAAGGAUCAGCUGCCUAAGAAGGAAGACCGGAUGGUGUAUUGUUCUUUGACAGAUUUCCAGAAAGCUGUCUAUCAGACAGUGCUAGAAACGGAGGAUGUGACUCUGAUACUUCAAUCUUCUGAGCCUUGUACCUGUAGCAGUGGCCGAAAAAGGAGAAAUUGCUGUUAUAAGGCCAAUUCUCAUGGUGAAACAGUGAGAACCUUGUACCUCAGUUACCUUACAGUCCUUCAGAAGGUAGCUAACCACGUCGCGCUACUGCAAGCUGCGAGUACCUCCAGACAGCAGGAAGCACUUAUCAAAAGGAUAUGUGAUCAGGUAUUUUCCAGAUUUCCAGAUUUUGUGCAGAAAACCAAAGAUGCAGCCUUUGAAACACUUUCUGACCCUAAAUACAGUGGAAAAAUGAAGGUCCUUCAGCAACUUUUAAAUCAUUGCAGGAAAAACAGAGAUAAAGUUCUUCUCUUUUCUUUUUCCACCAAGGUGCUUGACGUGCUACAGCAGUACUGUAUGGCAUCUGGGCUGGAUUUCCGGCGACUUGAUGGAAGUACAAAAUCAGAGGAAAGACUCAAGAUUGUGAAAGAGUUCAACAGUACACAAGACGUUAACAUUUGCCUUGUCUCUACAAUGGCUGGUGGACUAGGCCUCAAUUUUGUUGGUGCCAAUGUUGUUGUAUUAUUUGAUCCUACUUGGAAUCCGGCCAAUGAUCUUCAAGCCAUAGACAGAGCAUAUAGGAUUGGACAGUGUAGAGAUGUGAAAGUGCUUAGGCUGAUCUCCUUGGGAACUGUGGAGGAAAUCAUGUAUUUACGACAGGUAUACAAGCAGCAACUUCACUGUGUGGUGGUUGGAAGUGAAAAUGCCAAACGAUAUUUUGAAGCAGUUCAAGGAUCAAAAGAGCAUCAAGGAGAGCUUUUUGGGAUCCAUAACCUCUUCAAACUAAGGUCGCAAGGGUCAUGUCUUACAAGGGACAUCCUGGAGAGAGAAGGCCAAGUGGAAGCAGGGAUCAUGACAGCCACAACGUGGUUGAAAGAGGGACCUCCAGCACACAAACUAGAAAUGCCUACAGAGCCUGACUGUCAGGAACGCAGAGGUCCAGAGCAAGCUGCAGAGCCACUGGCAAAGGAAGUGUAUGAUUUCUGCAGCGACUUCAGUGAUGAAGAUCCAGUGGGAGUUGCAGGAGUACAGACUGCCAAAAACAAAGCACCCGAUUCAAGUAAAGCUUCCACCUCUCCAGGACAGCUUACUUUACUUCAGUGUGGUUUCUCGAAAUUGUUUGAGACAAAAUGUAAAGCAGUUGAGGACAGUGAUGGAAAUACUGCUUCUUCUGAUGAAAGUUCUGAUGAGCAGCCCAUAUGCCUUUCAACAGAAGCCACAGUUGCUGAUUGUGAGAAAAAUCAGGACUCUCUUGGUACUUCAAAACAUCAGAAAUUAGAUAACAUCCUAAAUCCAAGAGAAAAGUAUAUUUUUUAUAAAAAUGAGAAGAUUUUAGAACAGAAAAUUUCUUCUAAGUCUGAUGAUGAGAAAAAAUUUAGAAAUACAGAUAAACAUUGCAUUUUACAGAAUGUCUCAGAAUCAGAAGAUAGUGAUGUCAUCUGUCCUACACAAUAUCCAACUGAGAGAUUCCCCAACAAUAGUAUAAAGUUUAAGCCACGCUUGGAGGAAUCUGAGGAUUCUGAAACAGAACACUCUGUAAAAACAAGAAAUGAUGAUGAUGGUCGAAAGACUGGUGACAGAAGAGAUGAAAUAAUUUCAAAAAAGUUAAGUCCUGAGAACACAACCCUGAAAUCUAUUGUGAAAAGAAAAGUCACUAGUGAUAUCAGUGAUGAAUCUGAUGACAUUGAGAUUUCUUCCAAGUCAAGAGUAAGAAAGAGAGUUACUAGUUCAUUGAGGUUUAAGAGAAGAAAGGAAACCAGGAAAGAACUUCACAGUUUUCCUAAAACAAUGAGCAAAACAAACCAAGUACGUGCAAGAGAUGAGGAUCAUAACUCUCAAUUUAUUGAUGAUUAUUCAUCCUCAGAUGAAAGUUUAUCCGUCAGCCACUUCAGUUUCUCUAAACAGAGCCACAGACCAAGAACUAUAAAAGAUAGAACCAGUUUUUCUUCAAAAUUGCCUAGCCAAAAUAAGAAAAAUAGCACUUUGAUGCCAAGAAAACCAAUGAAAUGUUCAAAUGAGAAAGUUGUCAAUCAAGAGCAGUCGUAUGAAUCAAUGGAUAAAUUUUUAGAUGGUGUUCGGGGAGUGGCUUAUAUUCACUCCAACCAGAAUGUGAUUGGAUCGAGCAAAGCUGAAAAUCACAUGAGCCGAUGGGCGGCACAUGAUGUAUUUGAGUUGAAGCAGUUUUCCCAGCUGCCUGCUAACAUAGCUGUUUGCACUUCUAAGACAUAUAAAGAAAAAGCAGAUGCAGAUACAUUGCCACACACAAAGAAAGGCCAGCAACCGAGUGAAGGCAGCAUUUCACUUCCUCUUUAUAUUUCACACCCUGUAAGCCAGAAGAAGAAAAAAGUCUACCGUACAGACCAGACCACCUUCAUAAUUGGAGAAACACCAAAAGGAAUCCGCAGAAAACAAUUUGAAGAAAUGGCCUCUCACUUUAACUCGUCUUCUGUAAAUGAAUUUGCUAAACGUAUAACCAGUGCCACAUCAGAAGAACGACAGAAAAUGCUAAGGGACUUUUAUGCUUCUCAGUAUCCGGAGGUAAAAGAAUUUUUUGUGGAUUCUGCAUCAGAAUUCAACAAUUCUGCCGUUGAGAAAGGAGAGCGCAUCAGAAAGAAAUCUGAAAAAAGAAAACCUGUUAUAAAAGCAAGGCUGUCAGAUUCUGAAACCUUGUCGUUUAAAGAUUCUACCAACAAAACUUCUCAAAUUGGCUGUCCAAAAACAUAUAAGGGAAAGUCAGUUAAGUUUCAAAAUCGUAGUUCUUGUAGAGAAGAGGUAUUUUCUGAUGAUGCAGAAACUAAGAAAUCACCUAUUAGUUCUACUCAAGAGAUUGACAGUGGAAAAAACAGCCAAGCAUCUGAAGGUACUGUGACAUCCCAUUCUCUGAACAGCGAGUCUGAAGCACGUGAGAGAAGGUUUCAAAAUACCGUGAAAGACCAACGGGACCUCACAAGAACGGGUGUUUCAAGAAAAGAACCCCUUCUCAAAUUGGAAAACAAAAAGAUAGAAAAUCCUGUGCUGGAAAAGACUUCUGUGAUGAGCUUACUUGGUGAUACCUCUAUUCUUGAUGACCUUUUUAAAAGUCAUGAGAACAGUCCCACACAACCGCCAAAGAAAGUUCUUUCAGGGCCCAUGGAAAAAGCACAACAGAGACCAAAAGAUUUCUGGGACAUCUUGAAUGAGCAGAAUGAUGAGAGUCUUAGUAAACUCACAGACCUGGCGGUAAUAGAGACUCUGUGUGAAAAAGCACCUCUAGCAGCACCCUCCAAAAGGAGAGAAGAGCCAGCAGCUUCUCUUUGGAAAUCAAAUGAGAAAUUUUUAUGGAAGAAGUUUAACUCAAGUGAUGCAGAUGAAAACACAACCAAUACACAGAGUACCAUAUAAGGAUUUAGAUGAAUUAUCUUGAACACAGUUAUUGACAUAGAUUUUUAUGAAAUUCUUGCUUUAGGAUUUUUUAAAGUCUAAAGUAUUAUCAUGGAUUUGUUUUUCUUGAUAUUUGGUCUUUCAAGAAUAUAAUUGUAUUUAUAGUAUAAACCUCUGUUAUGAAAUGGAAAAGAUUCUGUGUUUGUUAGUAAGAGACCUGGGACAUCUUUCUUCUUGUAUUACAUAAUGAUGUGACACUUGCCCUGGCGAGCAUUGUUUCGCAGUAUGAAAGAUGAAGGGUCUGAAUGAAAUCAGCGUGAGUGCCCUUCCAGUUUAAAAAAGCUUUGCUCCGCUCUCCCUGUGACUCACUGGCCGAAUCAUGUCCACCCUCAAAUCCGGUGUACACUGAUGUGUUUUUUUACUAGCACUUGGGAAAGUUAUUAGGUGUUUUCUUUUUCCCUGGGUAUCAUAUCUAUUAUUAUUUUAGAAAAAAGUCAUAAUUAGUACUAAAUAUAUGAUAUAUAUUGUAUAUAUGGUCUUAAAAUAGUAAUUUUGCAACAGCUCAGAAUUUAAAGGUUAAUGUUAAACAUUUUACUGUAUGAGAUGUGAUUACUACCAUUAGCCACAGACACCAGUGCCUCAACUUUUUAUAUACCUAUUGUGAUUUAAUCAAUAUAAAUAAAGGUUUGUAUAGUACUUUUGUAGUUCUUAAGUAUGAAGAAAUGACUAUACUUUUUAUUUUGUUAGAAACUGUUAUAUUUUGAAUUUAAUUUAUAUGGUUUAUAACAAAAUGAAUGUGUUCACUGUUGAGUGCAUGUAUUUAGAAGCUUUCACUCAGCCCCUGUAUUCUGUGCUAGGAGCUUGAUGUACAGGUCAGGCCCAUACAUCAGGUCAUCAGUGGUUGGACCGUUCCUACAGGUGAAUGAAAGGAAAUCAUGUCAGUGAAAAAUCACAGAAAGCCCCUGGCGUCCUGCGUGCACGCUGUAGGGCAGGACCUGAGCUGCCUCUGCUGCGGGUUCAGAUGCACCACUGAGCUGUCCUUCAGUGAUCUCACAGGGCUGCGAGUGAAGGAUGCAUCCUUCCGGAAAACGGCCUGAGCCGGGAACUGGCUAUGCUACAGAGCACUGCUACCGAAUUGAGAGAGGGCUUCCGUGUACCAGGACGUGGAGUCAUCGCUCAGAAGUGG